GCGAGCAUCACAAAACAUUGAAGCGCGUUGCCGAGCAGACAAGCACAAAGUGGAGGCCACAUAGACAUCUACAUUAGCAGCCGCAGCCACAGUCAGAGUCAGAAUCAGAGUAAACCAACGCUGUCCCCGGGCGAAGACAUCACAACAGAGCCCCAAACUCAAACUCAAAUUCAAACUCUCAACUAAAGACAACAGAGGAAAAGAAAAUACAAACAUGUCUAUCUCCGAUUUUCGCAAGAAGAAGCUGCUUUUCCUGUUCAACGUGUUCUUUGAUGUGAACCAAAGCGGCGAAAUUGACGUUAAGGAUUUCGAGCUGGCCAUCGAGCGUGUGUGCAAGCUGCGCGGCUGGGCAAAGGACACGCCAAAGAACAAGGAGACAUACGAUGUCAUGAUGGAAAUUUGGACUGGUCUGCGAUCGAAGGCUGACAAGGAUAACGAUGGCCAGGUCAGCGUAGAAGAGUGGUGCAACAUGUGGGACGCAUACGCCAAGGAUCCCAGCAGCGUAAUGGACUGGCAGAAUACGUACAUGAACUUUAUGUUCGAUUUGGAGGAUGCUUCGCAUGAUGGCGGCAUCGAUGUGACGGAGUUCACUCUGGUCUGCUCCAGCUACGGUCUGGACAAGAAGGAGUGCGAGGAGGCGUUCAGCAAGAUGGCCCAGGGUCAAAGCGAUGUGACUCGCGAGCAGUUCGCCGCCUUGUGGAAGGAGUAUUUUGCUGCCGAGGAUGCGAACGCGCCCGGCAACUUUAUUUUUGGCAAGACCUCCUUCUAACUGCUGUACGAAAAUUCCUGAUCGAUUUUGUCUUUGCCAUUGAUAUAUUCAACAAGAAAAUAUUGAAAUUACAUUCUAAAUUAAAGCUAAAUCAACAGA